GACACCAUCACUAACCAGUGGGAGAUGGUGGCUCCUUUGCCCAAACCUGUCCAUUCAGCAGCGGCGACUGUGUGUGGAGGGAAGAUCUAUGUGUUUGGAGGGGUGAACGAGGCCGGCCGCUCUGCUGGAGUACUUCAGUCAUAUGUGCCUCAAACCAACGCCUGGAGCUUUAUUGAGUCGCCCAUGAUCGAUAACAAAUACGCCCCUGCUGUGACUCUGAAUGGCUAUAUCUUCAUCCUGGGAGGAGCGUACGCCAGAGCCACCACCAUCUACGACCCUGAGAAGGGAAACAUCAAAGCAGGACCCAACAUGAACCACUCCAGACAGUUCUGCAGUGCCGUGGUCCUGGACGGGAAGAUCUACGUGACCGGCGGCAUCGUGAGCAGCGAGGGUCCGGCGCUGGGAACCAUGGAGGCCUUUGACCCCUGUGCGAACGUGUGGACGCUGCAGCAGAGCAUGCCCUGCCCGCUCUUCAGACACGGCUGCGUGGUUAUUAAGAAGUACAUUCAGAGCGGCUGACGCUGACACAGACGAACACGACUCCACCGUCUCCUGCACACCGGACACCCACCUUCACAACACGGCCAGGAUUAGCAGCGCUGAUACCGAAGCCGCGCUCACUUUCUGACACCCACUCGGAAUGUAGAAGCUAAUCUUUUCUGCCGGGGCGCAAACAGGCCUUCGUGUAAUAUAGCGCACCUGACAGAACUGUCCUUGAUGUGUGUCGUGGCUCUAGCCUUAAUGCUCUGUGGCCAUUCGGAUUGAACUUUUUUUACACAAUUCCUUUUUAUCUUCGUUUACAGAAUUCACUAGGUUUUCGCAUUGCCACCGUUUUAAUGUUUGCAUAACUUUCAUUCUUCUUUCUUUGAGCAAUACUGUAAAAUCACAGCGUCUGGUUUCAGUAAUCCAUGUGAUGGUUCACUCAGUCGUAUCGCUAUUUCAUCAUUUCCGGUUGAAAGCACUUUUUAAUUAUGUAGGGGAGACAAAGUUGUUGAACAAGCACUGAAACCUCAUGUGAUGAUCGCUUCCAUAAGCUCCACCUUCCUUAGUUACUGUUGCACACUCAGACAAGCACGUCCCUGCAGAUUUCAGUGCAAUUGUUAGUAAAAUGAGAUUGUGAAGUGGUGAAAUGGAUUGGAUGUUAUUCGUACGUGGGCUGGAAUGAAGCGUGACAUUGCAGAGGAUCUUUUAUCUGCCGUUUUGGAUCCGGAACUGAUAAAUUACGCA